AUGUCCAUCAGCAACACCACUACCUGCACCAAUGACAGUACGAGCCACUUCGACAUCAUCCACGUGUGCUUGUACUCCUUCAUCUUCAUCGUGGGUCUUACUUUGAAUGUUUUAGCUCUGGUAUUUUUUUUUUGUCAAAUCAAAUCCAGAUCCCCAACAGUUGUCUACAUGACCAACCUGACCAUGGCGGACUUUUUACUCAUCCUCACAUUGCCAGUGAGAAUCUACUACCACCUUGGAUUAGAAGGCAUUCCUCUGGUGUUGUGUGAUUGCCUUGGCUUGAUCCUGAAGGCCAACAUGUAUGGGAGCAUCUUAUUCCUCGCUUGUAUUUGCUUUGACCGCUGUGUCGCUGUCAGCUUUCCUAUGUCUACAAGAAUUCAGAGAGCAAGACAGAAGUCAUGGUUGAUUUGUCUUGGAGUCUGGAUACUGUCCUUUGGUCCAAGUGUGCCAAUCUACAUCCUCAAGCGUGAAAAUGUUUCUUUAAAUGUUACUAAACAUUGCUUUGAUAACCCACCGGUUUAUGCCACACAACCAACAGUAGUUUUUUCCACUUUAUUUCUGGGGUUUGGGCUCCCUUUAGCAAUUAUGCUAGUAUGCUCCUGGAUAUUGGUUCAUACUGUUCAAAAAAGCACUGUGGCUCAGACAAAUCUGCUGAACAGCAGAAAGAUCCGGAGGAUGAUCGCUACAAGUCUGCUUAUUUUCCUAUUCAGUUUCUCUCCAUACCAUGCUACCCUAGUUGUCCUCUCCCUGCACAGAGAGCCUAUAACCUCUAGAACUUGUAGCGGUAUGCACCCCAUGUUGGCUGCAUACCGCUACAGCCUGGUGGUGGCUUGUCUAAACACAGUGCUUAACCCCAUUGCGUAUUAUUUCACCACAGAUACCUUCAGGAAGAACAUGGUGAUAGGCACUGUUCAAAAGAUGUUCCCCCUGUACAAUCUGAGUUCAGGGCAGAGAUAGCUGAGUGCUCACAAUAGCUGAAAGAUGUUGGAGGAUCUCUUAGUCCCACUUAGCUCCAUGGGUCACUGUUAUCCUGAAAGGUGCAUUCUGGGCAUGUUUUCCUCAGUUGUCUGUAUCUGUCUGUCUUUGGUUUAUGUUCUCACCAACAUCAUCACCAGCACGAGUUCUGUUUUUCUCCUUUGUGCUCUUUCCAUCACAUUUGAUGAAAUACAAGGUGACUGUGAAAUUACUUUUGCUUUUCUCUAUAUUGCUACUCAACCUUUAACGUCUUAUUUAUGAGGUGUUCUUUAAAUGAGGGUCCUUCCAAAAGGUUCUUAACUCACUGGCAUUAAUUUUAGUUUAAUAUCAAACCUGCAGCACAGCACAGUGCAGCCAGAGACACUGUUUCAUCAACCACCAAGGCAAGUGUUAUGCUUGCACAAUACUAAGCCAUCACAGGGAAGUGUUUCUCCACAACAACACAUCUUGCAUAAUCUUGUAUUUACUGUCUUCACAAUGGUCAUAAAGGGUUUUUUUUGUUUUUUUUGCCAUGCAAUAACAGAUUCUAAAAACAAACAAUGUAAUGCACAAAGCUCAUGGAGAUGCAGUAAAAUAAUAUUCUAUUAUAAAAAAGUAGAAGAUAAUAUCUUCUAUUAUACACGUUUGAACUACGUAAACAUGAAUUGCUAUUGCUCUGCAAGGGUCCAUUUAUUCUGUUCCAAAGUUUUUUAGUGCUGUCAGUGUUAAUGCGGCAAAUCUCAGCGAGUUAAAGUGGAUCGCCCCGUGCAUAGAGCUGCAUGGCAUCAAUGCGUUAGCGUGGUUAGCUCGUCAACACGUUGAUGCCGUGCAGCCCCACGCACGGGGAGAUCCACCUUAACUCGCUAACUGAGAUUUGCCGCAUUAAUGCGGUCAUGGCGUUAACAUCAUUUUAAAGAGAUUAACACUGACAGCACUAAAAAAAUUAUAUAAGAAGCACAUAAACAGAUUAUCUGAUUAUUAGCAGCUAGCGGCUACGUGACUCCUACUGAAGCAGUAAUAUUGUAUUUAAUUUUUCACACACUGCUUCUGUGUGUUGGCUUCGUUUUGUUAAAUAAAUAAUUAUACGAUGGAAUAUGUCUGAUUUUGUUGUUCACCUGAAAUUGUAUGUGCAUCAUCUGAAGACCAUAUUAUUUAUUACUAUGUUCUGUUAUGUUGGAUUGCACAGGGGCCAAGACUUGAUUGUAUUCUUUCAUCAUUUCUAAACCUGUUUCCAAAAAAGUCAGGACACUGGACACAACAAAUCGAAUGUUGUAACUUUAUCUUGCAAGUUCAGCACCUGGACUCUUUUACCAGAAAGCAAUGCUGUUGGAAACUGUAGAUAAUGCGUCUGGUUAAAAGCCCAUCUCUGAAACAGAGCUUGUCUGUACACCAGCAUAUUGCAGCUCCAAAACAUGUAUAAUGAAUAAAUGAAAUGAUAUUCUUGUAUUCUCUGUGUCAAGUCGCUUAAUGAAAAGUCCCCUGCUGUUAUCUCCUGUCUCUUUAUUGUUGUCUGUCCA